UAUAUAUAAACACACAUAUAUAAGUAUCUUAUAAGCAUAACCUGCAUAACUUCCUUCCCUGUCUCUUACAUCUUCCAAUCACACCAGGUGGGUUAAACAGAGGAAGAUCUCAUGUACGUGCUGGUGGAUCUUAAUUAUACACAAGAUCAUGAUGGCCCUUGAAAGUAAAGAAACUAUGCAAAGGAGCUGUGAGGCCUCCUUAAAAUGCCUCCAAAUCAAGGGAUUCCCUUGUGGGAAUUCCUUUGAAGGGUUUCCUGAGUUUAAAGAAGAAAUUGGUGCUCACCCAGGCAGGGAUGCUGUUGAACCAGUUCACUCACUAAGCAGUGAGUUUCUUGAACUUCCAAGUGAAUUUCACAACAAACCUGCCUACCAUCAUGAUUUUGGCUCAUGGCCGACCUUUUAUCCGGACUCUCAAAAAAUGCAGCAGCACCAAAUGAAUUGUUUUGAGAGCCAGUUUUAUCCCUUUCCUCUGGAGACUCGAUUUCAUUAUGCUCCUUUCAGUAUGUUUUCUCAAGGUUAUCCAUUUGAGAUCCAGUUCCAAGAUUUUCAAUAUUUUGUGGUCAUAGAUUUUGAGGCUACUUGCGACAAGGAAAGAAAUCCUCAUCCACAAGAGAUAAUUGAGUUUCCAUCUGUCAUUGUGAGCAGUGUAACUGGUCAACUAGAAGCUUGUUUUCAGACAUAUGUGCGGCCAACUUGCAAUCAGCUCCUGAGUGAUUUCUGCAAGGAUCUGACUGGUAUCCAGCAAAUCCAGGUGGACAGAGGUGUUACUCUUAGUGAGGCACUCCUCAGGCAUGAUAAAUGGCUUGAGAAUAAAGGGAUAAAAAACACCAAAUUUGCUGUGGUGACAUGGUCGAACUGGGAUUGUCGAGUGAUGUUGGAAUCUGAGUGCCGAUUCAAGAAGAUCAGGAAGCCUCCUUAUUUUAACCGAUGGAUCAACUUAAAAGUUCCUUUCCGUGACAUAUUUGGUGGUGCAAGAUGUCUGAAGGAGGCUGUUGAGAUGGCAGGCCUACACUGGCAGGGCCGUGCUCACUGUGGGCUGGAUGAUGCCAAAAAUACCGCUCGUCUGCUUGCUCUACUUAUGCGCCGGGGCAUCAGAUUCUCUAUCACCAACUCACUGAUGUGGCAGACAACUGACAGUUCAUUGUCAUGCAAGCAGUCCGCUGAGAACCUGUCCCUUGCACCACACCAGCCUCGUAAGCUUAAGGAAAUUCAUAUUCCUGUUUUCCCAUAUCACCCCUUCUGUUUCUGUGGUGUGAAGAGCAGCAAAGGAAUGGUUCGAAAGCCUGGACCGAAGCAAGGUAGCCUGUUCUUUGGUUGUGGCAACUGGACUGCCACUAGAGGUGCACGCUGUCAUUACUUUGAAUGGGCAUCUCCCUGACAAAGAUUAUGGAAAACCUGUUUAGGUUUCCUCUCCGCAUCCUAUAGUCUAUCAGGAUGUACUAUGUAGAAAAAAAUGACAAAAGAAAAAAAAAGAGAUGGAAAGGAAGGUAGUUGGCUUAAUUCUAUCAUUUGUCUCCUAGUGAACAAAAUUUAAAUAGUUGGCUUAAUUCUUGGAGAGUUUGGGAAAACAUUAAAGUGGUAGGGGAGCUACAAUUUGUAAAGCUGACUUUCUUGUUGACUGGAGAACAAAUGUUGGAUGGCUAGUUAGGAUGAUGCAUUUGACAUGCAUGGACAUGCUAAGUUAUCUUUAUGAUAAAUAACCUGUGAGACGGGGACAAUUCGGUUUCCUAUGCAUAUCUAAUGAGAGUGGAUAGAGUUGCUUGUCCCAA